AAGUACCCGACGAGUUCAUGUCGUUUCGGGUAGCUGAACCAGUACCCGUUGACAGUGAGCUAGGCGAAUCUUUGGCGCAGCCGGUCCUAAGUGCACAGCCACUCCGUAGCCAGUGCGGAGGGCGCGACAGCGCCCUCAGACGCCGCGGUGUUAGCAUUGACAUCACAAAUGUCUAUGGUGUUGUCAACUUUACAAUCAUCGCGCCGUUCUACACAGCAAAUACCAACAACCGUGUCGUUGUGACGUCGCCCGGUCGCGACGCGACGGAUGUGGACUUAUCGCUGCGAAGAGCGAGCAUGCUCAAGGCAGAUGGAAUGCCAAGUCGUGCUAUGCCGGCCCCUGAGGAGAGACAGAAAUGGUGGAAGAAGAAGCUCGGGAUGUUCAUUGUGAAAGACGUCCUCGUCGACGAGCUGGAUAGGAAUCAUCACCGUUGGCCUAGGCAUGCUAUCGUGCAAGGCCGACUGCACUCGUUCCCCGCCGGGUACACACUCAUGUAUAUACCCCGGUUGAAGGACAGCGAUCACAAGGACGUGUAUUUGUACAGCACAGACGGCAAACGUAAAUGGCGCUCGCCGGAAGAGUUUGGGCCUCAUCUUGCUUGGUUGCUGACAGGACAGCGGCGCGAUAUAGCCGGUCGGUGCGUCUGCGAGUGUUGCGUCUGCAUCAAAGCUAGGACGGGAGAGUCACCUAGGCAGAGCAACAUUACGCGCCGUUAUGAAGAUAUCGACAGCUACUUCGCCGCGCAGUCAAGUAUGAAAGUUGCCAGACGGCCCAAGGCAAGGAAGAACGCACCCCCCAGCAAUGAUAGCCUUUCGAUCAAGCAGAUCAUUGCAAGGGCCAAAGAUUAUUCGAAGUGGAAAACAAGCACAACGAGCCUGGCGGCGGAGAAGGGCGUGGGAGAAAGAUAA